AUGGAUGUCAAAUAUGAGGGGAAGCAUCUCUGGAAACGCGUCACAAACUACUUCAGCAAGGAUUACCAAAGUGGUGAUAAAACAGGAACACUCAUAAAUGACGACACGCACAACAGCAAUGACGAAAAUAAAAAGGUAAAGACAAGGACGCUGAACUUUAUGGCCUCAUCCGCCCUAGUUUUGUGUGUGUUGCACCCCUUGGACACCAUAAGAACGAGGAAGCAGAUAUACAAAGUGUACAAGAACUCCUACCCCUAUUACUACAACAACAAAUACAAUUUGUUCUACAUUUUGAAGAAAGAAAAAAUAGAAAGUAUUUAUCGUGGCUUACUGGCUACGUUGCUCACCACGGGGGUCUCCCAUGGGAUAUUCCGCUUCAUAUAUGACACUCUAAAUUAUUACGCUUUUCGGCAGUUCAACGAUGUUAAUGGGGUGAAAAAUAAAAAAAAUGAUUUCCCGAUGGGUAGAAGUAAGGACAAUUACCGAGGGGGAGAAACAAACCAUGUGUGCAGCACCAAGUUGAAAGAUUCCCUCGGAGGAAAGGUAAUAGAAAGUUCAAGUGACGGAAGAGAAAUACCAUCGGAGAGCCCCAAUUUUGUAAAAAGUGCCACCGAAGGAAGACAGGGGGACAACUUCAUGUUAUCCAAUCUGUCUUAUAAAAAAAAAAUUAACGAGGAAGACAACGCUGCAGAUAGUGGUAAUAAAGACGCGCCAAUUAGCGGUCACAAAAAUAUGAAGUAUUACAUCAUCACAAGCAGCGUGAGCUCCAUCAUUAGUGUUUGUAUUCAACACCCAAUAUGGCUGAUUAAAACGAAAAUAGAGGGCACCAUAAAUUUGAACUACAAAUUUUUAAACUACAAAAGUAGAAUAACGAGCAAACAUUACAAUAUCUUUAUGGCAAAGCAUAACAUGUAUACGAGUAAAAUUGUCCCCAAAGUGGCCAAGGUGCUCCUCCUUUUUGGCUACCAUUUGGGAAGAAAAAAUGGGACAGGCAAAAAAAUUAAAUCCUUGCUGAAUGAAGAUAUGCUCAAGUUUUAUAAGAACAAUUUUGUGUUCAAUAAAAAUGUGAAAAGAAGAAAAAAAUUCAACCACCUCACAUAUGUAAAUGAUAAGAAAGCAUUUUUACACAAAAGUGUAAAAAGAAAAAUUGCACACAACUAUUUGUUGUACAAAUAUUACACCUUGUCAAUUUUGGAGAGAAAACAAAUGACGAAAAUGUUCAUUUCAAAUCAUCGCAAAAAAUUUUCGCGCAGAUAUUUAACAUAUUUGAAAGGCUUCUUCACUGGUAAUCAAAUCCUGCGGAUUUUCAAAAGGGAAGAAAGUAAAAAUGCCAUAAGUACAAUUUAUAAUUAUAAGAACUACUUCCAAUUUGUGUAUAAUGUAUAUAAGAAGGAAAAGUUGUUUUCUUUUUAUAAAGGCUUUUUAACGUCUAUUUUGCUGACCCCUCAUGUAGCCAUUCAGUUUUAUGUAUAUGAAUAUUUAACGUAUCAUUUUAGUUGUGAAUAUUUCAGAAAUGAGUUUAUCGGAAAAGACGGCUACAUUUCUUCAAACACGCUAGCCAAAGCGUUACCAUUUUUGUAUGGCGUUUUAUCAAAAUUCAUUGCUGUGAUUUUUACCUAUCCGCUAUAUACUAUAAAAGUGAGGCAACAAGUGCAGAUGAAAAACUAUGGCUUCCUAAAUGUAGUAGUUAAUAUUUUCAGGCUAGAGGGAAUCAGAUCUUUCUAUACUGGCCUUAACAUGCAUUUGCUUAGGAACUGUUUGCAAAAUGGAAUGCUCUUUUUUAUAUUUGAAUAUUUGAAUACUGGCUCGGUGGGGGUGAAGUGA